AUGGGUAAAUUUUCCGAUGUUUCCGAUGAUAUCUUAGAUAAUAUCAUGUCGAGAUUGCCGGCUAAACCAUUCGCGGUUGCCGCUUGUGUUAGCCGUUUAUGGAAUAGGGUUUCCGAUUCCAUCCUUUUGCGGCCCCGUCUCGCUUCCGGUCUGUCUGUCGCCGUAUCUCCUGAAUUCGCCGUGGAUGAAGCUCUUGAAAUGGCCUUAUCCAAACCAAUCCGGCCACAUUUUGUAAUUGCCUUUGUCGCUUUACCAUUUCACGUAGACAUGAUCCAUAACCGGAUUAAAAGCAAAAUCGGUUCUAAUACAAUCCAUAUUACAAGUGCUGCUCGUGGUUUAAUUGGUACAAAUUCGCUUACUAAUAAACUUGAAGAGGUGAAUUGGGCAUAUGAUGAAGUUCUAGUGAAUCCGGUUGUCCGAGGAAUCUCAUUGGAACCACCAGUGGCGAUGGUUGACAAAUUCCUUUCGGACGUAAGAGAUUUUACGGUUUCGGUUUCCGGAGAUACAAACCCGGAUCCAGUUGGUAUAAUGUUGUUUGGGGUGGGGUUAAACCAAACCGUUAAUCAGAAGUUCAAACCUAUCCUUGCCGAGAUUGACACAAAGAUAUCAAGAAACACUGUUAUGAUUGGUGAUGCAUACAAUUAUGUUGCUUGUACCAGUCCAUCAAUUUCUAAUCUCGACAUCACUCGUAACACUCUCGACGCGGUCGCGCUUGUUUCGCCAAAGAUAACCAAAGCAAUAUAG